AUGUUUGAAAAUUUAAAAGCGUUUAUAACGCAUGGGAAGCAGGCAAAUGAUAUCAAAAAGCCACUGGUUAGUGAAAGAACUUAUGGGAAAGGAGAUGAAGUCUAUUCGGAUCAUAGUAAAAACGCAGCUCAAGCUUUGUCUAACUUGCCAUCCGAAUCAAUGAGUGAGAUUACAAAUGCCCUAGAUGACGAAAAAUACUACAAUGCUUCCAACGAAAAGAGUAACACCGAACAUACGAAGGCUAAUAAUGCUAAUAUUGAUAAAAGCAAUAGAUACGAAGAAGCAGCUUCCCACAUCGUUGAACAGGAAAAGAUACAGCGGAAAAAGUCUCUUAAUUUUCCAAAUUUAGAAAGGUAUCAAAUAAUGGAGCAGAUGGGCGAAGGGGCUUUCUCUGUGGUUUAUAAAGCAACACAUUUACCAACUGGCCAAGCCGUUGCUAUAAAAAUUUUAAGAAAAUUUCAGAUGGACGAUGCUCAGAGACAGUCAGUAUUAAAAGAAGCGACUAUUAUGAGGCAAUUGAAUCAUCCUAAUAUUGUAAAAUUUAUCGAGUUUAUUGAUCUGGAGCAUUACUACUACAUCGUUCAAGAGAUAGCGGUUGGAGGGGAAGUAUUCACAGCGAUAGUAAAAUAUACCUAUUUUUCGGAGGAUUUAUCCAGGCACGUAAUUAGACAAGUCGCUGAAGCAGUAAGAUACUUGCAUGAAGAAGUUGGAAUAGUUCAUCGAGACAUCAAACCAGAAAACUUAUUGUAUACACCUAUAGAUUUUAAACCUUCAAUGAACCCUAUUGCAAAACUUAGGAAGUCCGAUGAUCCAAAUACCAAAAGGGAUGAAGGUGAGUUUAUACCAGGUAUUGGAAGUGGUGGUAUAGGAAAAGUUCAACUUGCAGACUUCGGGUUAUCAAAGCAAGUUUGGGAGCACAAUACAAAGACACCUUGUGGGACUGUGGGUUAUACGGCGCCUGAAAUUGUCCGCGAUGAAAGAUAUUCGAAAGAGGUUGACAUGUGGGCCAUAGGAUGUGUCCUAUAUACCUUGUUAUGUGGCUUUCCACCUUUUUAUGAUGAAAGCAUCGAAACUUUGACGGAAAAGGUUGCUAGAGGUGAAUAUACGUUCUUGAGUCCUUGGUGGGAUGAAAUUUCUCAAGGAGCUAAGCAUUGCGUUUCCAAACUAUUAACCGUUGAUCCUGGGAGGAGGUACACUAUAGAUGACUUGCUAAAUGAUCCUUGGCUCUUGAAUGAGGGUCGUAAGACUUUCCGCCACCCAGUUAAGACUUCUAACAGUAAACAGCAUCCUAUUCAAAGCAUUAACAAAAAGUUUUCAACUAAUAAAGAGUUGUAUUCUCCUGCUGCUGUUGCGUUGAGGGAUGCUUUUGACGUUACCACAGCUGUCCAUAGAAUGGGAGAGGAGGCUGCAUUAUCAUCUAGAGUUGGCAUUAAACCCAUAGAUGAGCUAGUCGAAGAAGAUGAAGGUGAUUUCGGAGAUCAGGAUGGUGAGAGAAAUUCUUCCGUUACGACUCGUAUGACUCAGAAUGGGGACACUUCCAGGAAAAUUAAACAUCAAAGACAGGUUAAUUUGUUUGACUUGAAUUUGGGUGGUGCUUCCAUAUUAGAAAGAAGAAAACAUAAACCAGUCCCUGUCAGGAGUCUGUGA